AGAGACAGCUGGUUGAGGUGUGAAAGAUUCCCUAAGUACCAUGCUGAUAAUCGGGGAUUUACGGAAGAUAAGUGUUUGUAUAAGAUAACUGUGACAUUAUCAGCUCGCGGGCGGGUGAAAUAGACGAAAUGCUGUGCUUAUCGAGCGGAAGGAAUCAUCAGGGACACAUGCAGUGUUUGUAUCAUUUCGGAGCAGACCAACCAGCCAUGCAACAAAACUUUGUCUGCACACAUUUGAAGACAAUCUACAGUAAUGGCCGGGCAGUUCGCAAGCGUUGAGGAGUGUCUGGAGAAGAAUGUCCCUGAGCAGGAGCUGAAGGAAGUGAAGAGGAUCCUGUACGGGAAGGAACUACCGACAAUUACAAUCCCUGAGUCUGCAGAAAAGCUAGCUGUGCAACACAGUUUUGACAUACAAGGCUAUGCUAUCCCUGCUGCAAAAGAAGAGCUAACACCACCAAGGAUUGUGCGAGUUGGUGUGAUUCAGAAUGCCAUCGUUAAGGAAACCACAGCCCCUAUUGCUGAGCAGAGGGCAGCUCUCCAUGCAAGGAUUUCGCAAAUGACAGAAGCUGCAGCACUGUGUGGAGUCAAUAUUAUUUGUUUCCAGGAAGCUUGGACGAUGCCUUUUGCCUUCUGUACUCGUGAAAAACAGCCUUGGUGUGAGUUUGCUGAAAACCCUGAUAAUGGCCCAACGACCCAGCUGUGUCAGGAGCUUGCACGCAAAUUCAACAUGGUGAUUGUUUCACCCAUUCUGGAGAGGGAUGAAAUCCAUGGUGACACUCUUUGGAACACGGCUGUUGUUAUCAGCAACACAGGCUAUGUUCUUGGCAAGUCACGUAAGAACCACAUACCAAGGGUUGGUGAUUUCAAUGAAUCUACCUACUACAUGGAAGGAGAUACAGGUCACACAGUGUUCCAGACACAGUUUGGACGAAUUGCAAUCAACAUUUGUUAUGGACGGCAUCACCCACAGAACUGGAUGAUGUAUGGGGUGAAUGGGGCGGAGAUUGUUUUCAAUCCAUCUGCCACUGUGGGAGGAUUAAGUGAGCCUAUGUGGGGAAUUGAGGCCCGAAAUGCUGCCAUUGCCAACAGUUACUUCACUUGUGCUAUCAAUCGUGUUGGCACAGAGUCCUUCCCCAAUGAAUUUACUUCAGCUGAUGGCAAACCGGCACACAAGGACUUUGGCCAUUUCUACGGCUCUUCCUAUGUUGCAGCUCCUGAUGGCUCUCGAACACCAGGAUUGUCAAGGAUCCGUGAUGGGCUCUUGGUAACGGAGAUGGACUUAAAUCUCUGCCGCCAAGUGAAGGACCGCUGGGGCUUUAGGAUGACUCAGCGACUGGACCUCUACGCAUCUUCCCUGGCUGCAGCCAUACAGCCAGAUUACCAACCACCAGUUAUCAAAGACGUGUGCUAAGUUACUGGCUGCUAUUUGAUUUUUUUUUUUUUUUUUUUUUUUUUUUCUUAUUUCCUUAUUUUUUCUUAGAUGAGGUGGGAGCAGUGCAAUCCUUUAAAAUUUCAAGAGUUAAACAAUAAUCGUUGACGGAAAGUGUAAUUCCAUACAACAUUUUAAGUAGGUAUGAUAUAAUAAUAUGUUGUGAGCAUCUACCUCGUGUUGGCUUAAAUCUGAUAAAAGGUCAUAAUAAGGAGAAUGGGUCUAAUGAUGCUUGUAUUAAUCUUUUCCUUUCCACUCACACUAUUAUGCUUGAUAGUCUAAUUUUCUUUUGACAGUCAUGCUUGGAUAUGAUCUCUAGUUAGAUGUAAAAAGCAAGAGAAAAUAUACUUGUAUAUUGAAUA